UUGGCGCUGCGUGGUGCUCUGCGCGCGGCCGUCCAGUUCUGUCUCUCAGGCGCGUGAAUGCACGAGUACCAAAGCAUUAUCUUAAUUUCCACUUUCAUCGGCAAUUUGCACAAUGCGGAGGUGAAAACGCGCGGUCUCGUCCAAACCUUUGACGGAACGCACUGGUAAUAUGCCAGUCGGUUGAAUUUUUAUCAUCUGAAAGCUAUUGCUAGUAAAGAAUCACGCAUGCAUUCAAACAGAGGAUUACCGCGGAGGAAUUGCCUUGAAACGAUGAACUGCAGCUGGGGGACGGAGCUGUGGGAUCAGUUUGAUAAUCUAGAAAAGCAUACUCAGUGGGGCAUUGAGUUUUUGGAACGCUACACAAAGUUUGUGAAGGAACGGUCUGAAAUUGAAUGCAGCUAUGCCAAGCAGCUAAGAAGUCUGUCAAAGAAAUAUCAGCUGAAAAAGAACUCCAAAGAGGAAGAUGAAUUCAAGUACACUUCAUGUCGAGCUUUUCUCAUGACCUUAAAUGAGCUGAACGACUACGCGGGUCAGCACGAGGUCAUCGCUGAAAAUCUGUCCUCUCAAAUCAUGAUCGAGUUGACCCGCUACAUUCAAGAACUGAAGGCUGAACGCAAAUCGCAUUUCCAUGAUGGCCGUCGAGCUCAGCAGCACAUUGAAAAUUCCUGGAAGCAGUUGGAGUCGAGUAAGAGAAGAUUCGAGCGGGACUGUAAAGAAGCGGACCGCGCGCAGCAUUACUUUGACAAGAUGGAUGCCGACAUUAACGUGACUAAAGCGGAUGUGGAGAAGCGGUGUUCUUUCAAGGCUAAACAGCAAGCUCAGAUGAGACAUCAAAUAGCUGAAGACAGUAAAAACGAGUACUUGACCUACCUGCAGAAGUUUAACAAAGACCAGCAUGAGCAUUACUACACGCUCAUACCACACAUCUUUCAGAGGAUACAGGAGAUGGAGGAGCGACGGGUGGGCAGGGUAAGAGAAAGCAUGCGAGUGUACUCUGAGGUUGAACGUAAAGUACUGCCUAUCGUCAGCAAGUGUCUGGACGGCAUGACCAAGGCAGCUGAAUCCAUCGAGCCUAAAAUGGACAGUAAACAAGUGGUAGAGUCAUAUAAAUCGGGCUUUGAACCCCCGGGCGAUGUGGAGUUUGAGGACUAUAGUGUGUCUAUGAAGAGGGCGGUGUCAGAAUCAAGCUUCUUAAAUACUCGUGGAGAGAGCAGACGCCGCAGCAGGAGCAGACUGUGGCCUUUACUCAAGAGAAACAAGCUUAUGUCUUUGUUAGCAUCACCCCGUCAGCCUCCUCCCCCUCCUCCCACCUCCCCGUCCCCUGAGGGUCUCCCCAACGGCCCUCAGUCCCCACAGCAGGCCAAGGAGCCCCUGAGUCAGCGCCUCAACGACUUCAUGAGCACCAAACACAAAAUGCACUGCCUGCGGAGCUUGAAGCGUGGGCUUUCUUUAAAGCUGGGAACGGGACAAGAGGACUAUAGUCAUCUCCCCCCCGAACAGAGAAGGAAAAAACUUCAAGCCAAACUCAAUGACAUCAAUAAAGACAUCCAGAAAGAGAUGGAUCAGAGGGAUGCCUUGACUAAAAUGAAAGAUGUUUACUGUAAGAAUCCUCACUUAGGGGAUCCAGACAGUAUAGAUCCACGUUUAGAAGAGAUCACACAGAGCUUGGAAAAGUUGCAAAUUGAAGCGCAGAAAUUUGAGGGCUGGCUGACGGAGUUGGAAAGAAAGUUACUCGAAAAGGCAUCUGAGCCUCAGAGACAGAGCGGCCAUUUUGACUCGCAGGGCAACACGCCUCUUACUAACAACUACGGUCAAAACCGAGAGAGUCCGGAUGGCAGCUACACGGAAGAUCCCAGCACCGAGACCAGCAUGCAGUUUAAAUCUCGCAGUACUGAGUUUGAUGAAGACUUUGAUGAAGAGGAACCUUUACCCACCAUUGGAACAUGCAAGGCACUUUAUCCAUUUGAAGGUCAAAAUGAGGGUACCAUAUCCAUGGGCGAAGGGGAGAUGCUGUACGUAAUCGAGGAGGACAAGGGCGACGGGUGGACUCGAGUUCGCAAAAACGAGGACGAGGAAGGAUACGUGCCCACAUCCUACAUCAAACUCUUUUUGGACGCGAAUGCCAAAGAUCCCUAAAAGUGUUUGGCUGGCACAGGAGUGGCAGGGCAAGCGUCCUUGCGUCAAACAUCUUCCUCUUGUUACUGUAGUCAGACAAAUGGCUCGCGGGCGACUAACUGGCAGGAAAAUCCAUUUUAAACGCGAACCCUCUCCUCUACCACGUGAACGAAAACGAAUCCAGACUUUUUCAUGCCUAUAGCGUGCUGAUUAUUUGCAAACGCUUGCUUCUCGUAUGGACCUAGAAUAUUUAGCCUUGUGCUGUAGCCGCUUGCUGUCAGACCAGAGCCCUUAGGAUCGUUCGCAGAGGUACAGAUCACGGGCCAUGUACAUGUUUUGUUGUUGCCUGGCUUUGCUUCGGAGCCCAGAGGAGUUUCAUUUAUGAAGACAUUAGAUUUAUGAAAUAUUUGUCAGUGCGGACUGUUCAGUUCUGUAUCAUACUGAAAGUAACUAUAAAAAUGUGGGGGAUAAAGGUGGGACUCAUUUGAUAAAUAUUAGACUAGUUUUACUUUGUUAAAAAGUGCUUGCAAGGCAGAAAUUUUUUGAAAUUUGACUAACAGGAAUUGCUUGACGCUCUUUUUUUCCUGUGUUGUGUCAAAUGUCAAUGGACAUUUCAAAGGGCUUGUCUUUUUUUAUAGCCUUUUAUAGACAGAUUUGUGGGUCAGAUAUGGCAAAAAACACUCACUUUGGCAACCUCAUAGUCACACACCCUGGCAACACACGAGCCUCAUGUCGGUGACUUUUAUAUGAUGCAGCAUGUCAUCAACAUUUGUAGUUAAUUUUCCUAAAAAUUAUUCUAAAAGUCAACUUUUAAGAGUAUAAAUUAGCAUAUAUUGAUGUCCCUAAAGCUAAAAGAUGUAGAUCAAAAGUUUACACAAAAUUUACAAAAACAAUCUAAUACAAAUCCGAUAUGUGGACAUCCAACUUCGGUGUAAACACGUAUAUCAGAUUGCUCUUGAAUCUAAUGUUAUGGUUUAGCACAGAGCCUUAAAACCAAAUAAGGCAAUAUCAAUAUAAAAUAUAAGAUGGAAAUAAAAAUAUUUUGUGCACAGGAAACGCUUUUCUCAAUAGAUUAAAGCUGCCCUUACAAUGACAGCAUUAAAACUAAUUUUUUAUCUAUUUCAAUCGGGUGUACUUUUGCAGACUUUUAAGAAUAUUAACCCUUUCAUUCGCAAAUUGCAUGAUUGACCCGGGCAUGACAAUUAAGCGAUAAUGCCGAGCCAUAUGAAAAAUGAUAUACAUGUUAAAAACAAGUUAAAAAAUGUCUACACUAAUAGUACGUUGCAGUAAGUGCACUAUGUAGGCUGUUAAGAGAAUUAAAAUGGUGUCACUUUGCGCCUAAGAGCAGACUGCUGUCUUCAUUUAUAUGUUCCCAUUAGUGGCAAAAAAUUUAUUGUAUGUUAAAUAAAACAUAAGUCUAAAAUGUAUAUGUACCAGCUUAACUCAUUCCCCACCAACCAUUUUUUUGAAAAGUUGCUUGCCAGAAUUUUUUGUGAUUUUCACAAAAUGCCUUCCAGGAAAACUUUCUUAUAAAAAUAUAUAAACAUACAAAUAUAUCAAAUGAAAGAAGAGACCCUCUGCUUUCAAACAAACAAAUCAGGAAAAAACGUUCAUCAUAUCUAUAUUUUUUUCUCUGCUUAUAAACUCUUAAAUAUGCACUACAAAAAAAUCUUUUUCUUAGUUUUUGUCUAUAUAUCUAAAAAUUCUUAAAUUAAGAUGCUUUUUCUUGAUGAACAAAACGACCCAAGAAAAUAAGUGUAGUUUUUAGACCAAAAAUAUCAAAUUUAAGUGAUUUUGUGCAUAAAACAAGCAACAAAAAUCUGCCAAUGGGGUAAGCAAAAAAAUCUUGAACAUUUUUCUUAAACACUAAAUUCAAGAAAAAUUUGCUUACCCCAUUGGGCGUGCUCGAUUUAAAUCACUUAAUUUUUUUUUUAUCUAAAAACUAGACUUAUUUUAUUGGGUCAUUUACUCAUCAUAGAAAAAACAUCUUCAUUUUAAGAAUUUUAAGAUAUUUUUACUGAAAACAAAACAAAAAUACUAAGAUUUUCAAGAAAAUCAAAAAUCUUUUUUGCAGUGUGGCUAUUUAUUUUUAUAUUGUUUUAGCAAAAAGCUGAAAUAAUUGCAUUUUUGUGAAGGAAUUUUGUUACAGAUCAGAUUUAGAACGAUUAUCAAAACAUACACAGAGUUUAAAAUAGUAAAUAACGUUUUUGCUUCAGUUUUUUCAUAAAUUGGGUAAGUGCGUCUAGUGGAUAAUCACGUUAUUGCAGAUUAACAUAAAAAUUCUUCAGAAACAAGAUUUUUUUUAAGCAAAUGUUUUCUCUUAAUUGACAAGUCGAGAGAUGACUCAUCAAUGGUGCGGAAAGAGUUAAAGGUAGUGUGUGUACAUUUUAGCGGCAUCUAGUGGUGAGAUUGUGAUAUUGCAACCGCAAUCGUGGCGCUGACUUGACAGAAAUUAACGUGAACAUGCAUAUAAAAAACAAGUUGUGUCUCGAGUAAAUGUAAGCAGGCGGGAGAAAAAAAUCAGAUACGGUCAAAUCUGUGCAUUAUGACUUUAAAAUACUCUCUUUAAAUCUUUAGAAUAAAACUUUUGACUUAUAUAAAUACAUUCAGAUUAAAUGCAUUAAAAAUAAUGAUAUAAUUAUAAUAUUUGCAUGAUAUAUUGACCUUUUUUACCCUACUAUGGCAAACUUCUUUUCCAUGUAUAUAGAUAGUUUCCAUCUUUCAUUUAAUCAGAAAUCUUUCUUUUCCUGCCUUGCAAGCACUGGUGUUUCCAUGAGGAAAUGCAAAUGUAGGUAUUAUUAUUAUUAGUGUUAUAAUGACUACAUAAUAUUCCCCUACAUUUGGUGUGAGGUGCUGUUGUAGAUGAAUAGUUCAUCAUGGCAGGUGAAGCGGUAAGCAUCUUCUCUCACUCUUUCCUCCCGGGGAAGAAAGAAGUGUCACCUCACUCUCUCACACACUUUAUUCCUGUGAUGUGCACACACGCCACAGCCUCACCCAACACACACACGCACACUUUCUCGCUUUCUUUCUCUCUUCUAUCAUUUCUCAGACAUAUUUCUGCCUUUUUAUCUUUCCUGUUUCACUUCUGUCCUAUUUAGAUGGGAAUGGAUUUCAUGUUUAAAUUCAGAUUUCACAGACAACUAUGUAAAAAUAAACUGGUUUUGUUAAUCUGAUCCCGGUUAGGAAUGUCUGUGAUUUAUUUAUUUUUCUCUUGAUUCAGAUUUGUAUUUGUGUUGAAAACUGUAAUUAAAGCUUGAUUUGUCAUUCUAGUCUCUGAGUGUUCAUAAGAUGACAACAUAUCUUCUGUUAAUCAAUCUAAACUCAAUUAUUAAGGAGUUUAAAGAGUAAUCCCUUCUGAAUAGUGCUCAUCUCUCUCUCUCUCUCUCUCUUUUAUUCUCUCUUUUGCCAUCAGCUGUUUUUCCCAUUUUAUUCUCUCGUUCUCUCUCUAUCAGCUAGUUUCUCUCUUUUUUAUUAUCUCAUUCUAUCUCCCUAUUAGCUAGUUUCUCUAUUUCUCUUUAUUUAUCUCAAUCUCUCCCCAUUAGCUGGUUUCUCUCUAUCUUUUAUUCUGUCCUUCUUUCCAUCAGCUGGUUUCUUUAUCAUUUAUUAUCUCAUUCUUUCCAUCAGCUAAUUUCUCUCUUUUUUAUUAUCUCAUUCUCUCUCCCUAUCAGCUAGUUUCUCUCUUUCUCUUUAUUUCUCUCGUUCUCUCCCCAUCAGCUGGUUUCUCUCUAUCUUUUAUUAUCUCAUGCUUUCCAUCAGCUGGUUUCUCUCUUUUUUAUUAUCUCAUUCUAUCUCCCUAUCAGCUAGUUUAUCUCGUUCUCUUUAUUUCUCUCAUUCUCUGCCCAUCAGCUGGUUUCUCUCUAUCUUUUAUUCUGUUGUUCUUUCCAUCAGCUGGUUUCUUUAUCUUUUAUUAUCUCAUUCUUUCCAUCAGCUGAUUUCUCUCUUUUUUAUUAUCUCAUUCUCUCUCCCUAUCAGCGAGUUUCUCUCUUUCUCUUUAUUUCUCUCGUUCUCUCUCUAUCAGCUGGGUUCUCUCCCUUUCAUUCUCUCUCUCUAUUAUCUGCUCUUUCUCCCCCUUUCUUUCAUUCUCUCGUUUUUUCCAUCACCUGGUUUCUCUCUAUCUUUUAUUAUCUAAUUUUUCAAUCAGGUGGUUUCUCUCUUAUUUAUUAUCUCAUUCUCUCUCCCUAUCAGCUAGUUUCUCUCUUUCUCUUUAUUUCUCUCGUUCUCUCUCUAUCAGCUGGGUUCUCUCCCUUUCAUUCUCUCUCUCUAUUAUCUGCUCUUUCUCUCUUUCAUUCUCUCGUUUUUUCCAUCACCUGGUUUCUCUCUAUCUUUUAUUAUCUAAUUUUUCAAUCAGGUGGUUUCUCUCUUAUUUAUUAUCUCAUUCUCUCUCCCUAUCAGCUAGUUUCCCGCUUUUUUCUUUAUUUCUCUUGUUCUCUCGCUAUCAUCUGGUUUCUCUCUUUAUCUUUUAUUCUUUCGUUCUUUUCAUCAGCUAGUUUCUCUCUUUCUCUUUAUUUCUCUCGUUCUCUGCCUAUCAGCUAUAAAAUGUAUUAUUAUCAGCUGGUUUCUCUCUAGAUCUUUUAUUCUCUCGUUCUCUCCUUAUCAGCUGGUUUCUCUCUCUAUCUUUUAUGAUCUCAUUCUCUCUACCGAUCAGCUAGUUUCUUUCUCUUUAUUUCUCUAGUUCUCUGCAUAUCAGCUGGUUUCUCUAUCUUUUAUUAUCUCAUUCUUUCCGUCAGCUGAUUUUUUCUUUUUUAUUAUCUUAUUCUCUCUUACUAUCAGCUAGUUUCUCUCUUUCUCUUUAUUUAUCUCGUUCUCAUUCAGC